AUGUAUGCGCGCUGCUUCUGCCGUCUCUCCCACGCGAGCCUGUCAAAUGCGCAGCAUCUAUUCAGUAACCAGGUCAAGCCGCCAAGUCGCCCGCGCCUUUCACCAGACCUCUGGCGAUCAUUUCUGCUGCAGGAGCAGCAUGCCUUGAACCCACAUCCCAACAUAGCCGCGCAAGAGCUUCGGGCAAUUGCGGCUCCACAAGAAACCAAUUACUUCCAGAUUUUUAAUGAUACCCAUGAUGAUGACACGCCUGCGAAGCCGCGGGGCAGCUUCCUAGCGCAGGCUUCAACCGCCUCAAUCGGCGUUGCGGAACUAGCCGCCGCCCUUGCGCUCUCAAGCUUCGGCACCAUGGUCACGCUGGCGAUUGCGGAGCCUCCAUGUACCAUGUCCCCCACCAGCAUGCAAUCUCCAUCUCGGCUGACUCCUAUAACGGUGCUGGACCAGGCGUUGACGGUCCCCACAUCUCACAACCAGUCCACCACCGCCACCCCACCGGCUGCUGCCGCCGCCACCGCUGCCGCCUCAGCCACAACAACGACAACGCCCGUUCCGCCAGCUCCAUCCCCCUGCCCUGUCGCCAUUGAAGGCACACUCUCGGGACUGGCCGCUGCCAAGGCCGCCCCUCUGGCCAGCACCAUAGCCGAUGAGGCACGGCCUGGUGCGGCCAGCUCGUGCUCUGACCUGCACGACCGUGACCCGCACUUCAUGACCGCCCCCGGCACCACACCAGGGAUUGCGACGCUCCUUGGCGCCUGGCCCCACAUUGCACCCACCAUCACUGCGAUGCUUGGCGCCGGUGGCAACGGACCCGGGGGUCAGGUACGCUUCGCGCUGGUGCCGCUGGGCGAAGAUUACGCCACCCGCGCGGAAGCUGCGCAGCGUGAGGCACAGCUGGGAAGGGGCGGUGAUGGGGCCGCUACUGCCCCUGGUGGUGGUGGCGGCGCAUACGCAACCGAUCUGGCGGUGCAGUACGGACUGGACGUGGCGCUAGCGGCGGCAGCCGCGCCGGACGGCGGCCGCAACGGUGUACGGCGAUUGGAGCUGUGUCCCGCGAUGGUGAUACGGGCCGGCUACACGGGGAGCACCCGUACGGCAUACGGGGGGGAGGUGUGUCCCGGAUGGAGCAUGCGACAGGAGCUGGACGAGCAUGUACGGCGCAAUCUGCAGCUUGCUGAGCAACGGCAGCAGUACCGCCAGCGUCAGCAGUUGCGAGGUCCGCAUUCCUGGCAGCACCGCCGGUUUCUGGGGCAGCAGCCGGAGGAGCCUGAGAGGAAGGAGCAGGCAGUGACUCCGCAAUGGGGGGAGCUGCGUGCGGUGGUAGCGGCGGCAACCGGGCUCGACGACGUCGUCUGUUGUUGGGAUAGCUGCAUUAAGGUAGCACCAGAAGCCGAAGUGCGGCUCUCGGAGCGCCAUCGCGUGGAGGUGCUGAUGGACUGGGAGCUCUUGAGGUGGCUGCCAUCGGGUUUCGAUGCGCGACUUGCCUGUGCGACAUAG